CUUGUCUCAUCCCCCCCCACCCCAUUCCCCAGAGGAAGCAAACAAACAAACAAACAAACAACGCGAAACAACCCCCGGAUGAAGCACACUUGGGCAAAUUGAUAAUAGUAAUUAUAGGAAGCCCACUCGUCCCGCGCCCCCUCCCCUCCCCUUUCGGAGUUUAUCGAGGCACUGUCUCUUCCUCCCCCCUCACCUCCGCCCCCAAAUUAAAAUUUCCCGUUUCACGCCGCAAUAAAAAAUAUAAUUAUAAGCUUCUUUGGACACUGUCCCUUCCCCCCAACCUUCGCCACUUUGACAAUAUUUACUUAAGUAUUUCCCCCCACCUCACUCACACACAUGCUCCCCCACACUGGUUCCCUUAAAUAGUUCCAGUAGAAAAUUGUUUUUUCCCCUCAAGAAAGGAAAGAGAAAGUCCAACCGCGACGGCAAUACUUUUAAGCUCUACUAAACGAUCGUAUCCUUUCUGGCUUCGAAACUUUUGUACCUAAAAAUCGAGAGAGGCGCUGCAUUUUUUUCAGCUGAAACUGUCAAAACUUGGAGAAGGGGAACCUCAGAGGCAGGCUGGAGAGGAGGAGAAUCCCGAAACUCGGUGGAGGUUGGGAAGAUGCUGUGCCUCGAGGAUUAGUUUAAACAGGGGGCUAUAAAAGAUGUAACAGAUGCAAACUGUAACACAAGGGCCAUUAACCCUUUCUCUGCCGAGCACACUCAGUCCCCACGUCCCGCACCUAUUGUCUCCUGUGCUAAAGGCUUUGCGGAAAACCUGGAAAUUUUGGCCAGAAAUGGUGAGAAGAAAAAGCAUGAAGAAGCCGCGAAGUGUGGGGAAGAAAAAGGUGGAAGCGAAGAAACAGCUCCCGGAGCAAACUGUACAAAACCUCGCCAAGAGUGUCGGGAGGCAGGACCGUUAUUCCUGCGGAGCAGGAGAGAGAGAGACCCUGAAACACGCGCCACCUAUCUUUGUGGGGAGGGAUAAUUGAAGCGCCCUGAGCGUGAGCAUCAUGUGAAAACGUGAUCGCCAAGUUUCUCUCUGGGAAAGGAUCUGGGAUAGAUUAUACCUUGAAGUCUCCGCAAACGCUUUAGUGGAAGAAAUGAAAUUCCACCUCCCUCCCUUCCUCUCUCCCUCCCUCUCGCCUCCCUCCCUCCCUUCUCCACGCCCCCCCCCCCCCCGUAAAGCCUUUGGCAUCAUUAUCCUCAUCUCCUCAUCACUAAAUCCUACAGAGUACAGGGCGGAAAACGGUGCACACCAUUCACAGAACUGGAGAACUCUUAAGGGGCGAAAGUUAAAGGGAAAGAUCCCGGUUCUUCAAUCCAGAUCGCUUCUUCUUAUACAGAUAUCUCUAAUGACCAGAUUUGAGAUGCACAUUAAGUUGUGUGGAUUUCUCAGCACAGCUUCUGGAACUAAAUUUUUUGCCCUUUCUCUUAUUUUUUUGUCUUUUUAGAUGCCAGAGCCAGAAAAAAAAAAUGUUGCAUGUGAACUGCAUUUUAGGGUGUGUGUUGGGGGUGUGUGUGUGUGAUGAAUUUCUGGAUUGGAUCCCAAUACUAAAAAGUGGUUUGGCAUUUUUAAAAAGGGUCUCUAAGUGAAUUAACAUAGCGGGCUGAGUUGCCUCGAUCUCUGAGUCUCUCUACAUCUCACGGAGACCUCACUACAAAGUGAGGGAGUGUGUGUGUGUGUGUGUGUGUGUGUGUGUGUGUGUAGGGAGGCAGGAGGAAUAGGAGAAAGGCCAUAGAGGAACUUAGCAGGGAAGGAUGAGCAUGAUAUUAAACGGCAUGGGGUCUAAGUUUUGGAGUAUACAUUUUUUGAUAUUGCAAUUAAAGUAAAAUUAAAAAGAAAAGACUCCACCUUUGCUCUGAAGGGAUUGGUUAUGUAAAUAUGGAAGGGAUUUCCUGGAGAAUACAGCUUUCUACUGUAUGGUUAAUUAAAUAAUCACUCAAAAGCUUCCAACGUGACGCUUCUGUCGUAAUCCAAUCAGGUUACAUAGGUCCUAAACAAGAAAGAUAUUUUCCACAUCUGGAAGUCAGCAAUUUAGCAAGUACUGCACAUUAUUAACCAAUUCAGAGCCCACUUCCCAGGGGAAUUUUUUUUGAAGUUUAAGUGUUCUUAACCAAUGCUCUGCUGUUUUGUUAAUCAAAAAGCUGGUUUACACUGCACAUAAUUGGAACUAAUAUAGAAGUAAAUAAAGACAGCCAAAUUUGAGGAUGCUGAGCACAGGCAUUUAUAGGAAAAGGAAGAAAUCUCUUAGCCUCCAGUGGUUCAGGCUCAGUUUCUUAAAGAACUGUGAGGUUUUUUUGUUGUUGUUGUUGUUGUUGUUGUUUUAAGAGUGAAAGUGCUUGAGAACCUCAGAGCACAAAUAAACUUUCAGUCCCACUGCCUUUGGGCUUUCUUGCAAAGGUAAAGGUGGAGGUGUCAAGAGGACUGAAGAGCAGCCUCAUGCCAAAAUUUUCUGCUUUAAUAUUGUUAAUAUGUUACAGCCCCCUGUUUUCAGUCUGAUGAAAUCUGAAACAAAUAACACCCUGAUCCAACACUAGACUUUUACUUAUAUUAAGAUAAACUGCUUUGAACUGUGCUUUGAAAUGUGUGCCUAAAGCAAGACUUUGAAUGCAAGACUCACUGGCAAUUGCACUCAGAGGAGGGAAAAGCCACCACAAGAGUUGCCACAUCCACACUCCCAGAGGUGCAUGUCUUUGUAUUUUGUAUGUUUAUUUUUUUUAAGGGGGGGAGCAGUAGCCACCCAGCAUGACCACAGCUAGUUCUGACUUUAGCCUACAAGAAAGUACAUUUUCACUAUUGGUUACAGACUCACUUCUUUCCCACCUUGAGUAUUUAUUACACUGAGAAUCUUCUCACCCAUCCCAUUACAGAUAAAUUACCUGUAGAGGAGCAUUCAAGAUCAUCAGUGUAAAAUUAAUAAUAAAAAAAGAAAACUAAAGACUUCCAACAGAGGUCAGGCACAUUCUCCACCUUAUGUUGUGCAUUUCUUUUAAUAUUUCUAUCUCUAUAAAUAUAUGACUUAUCAACUUCCUCUUCUGAGAUUUAUUUCUAUUAUUAAUGUCCUUUUUUCUUUCUCUUCCCACUUUUUUAUUUAAAAAAAAGUCAAUUCCAGCUUUCUCUAGAAGUUUGCUUUUCAGCCUUUCCUCUUCCAUUUCUAGGAAAAAGCUGUCCCUUGCAUGGAGUGAUUCCAGACAAUACUCUACCUCAGGAACCCAGGUAGCCACUGGAGCUUCCAGCCCAGACACACACUCACUGACAAAAACCUCAGGUCAAAGGAUCCUAUUGAAAGGCUAACAAAUUACUUGUCUUUAUUAUGUAUAUUAAUGUGAGGUUACUUAGGAUCUGACUUAAAAAAAAAAAAAAGAGACAGACAAGUAUUUCCAUUAAAAACACCUAAUCAUCU